UUGUGUCAGUGAGGUUGCGCGCUCACACAGGAAGGAAGCCGCUGGUGGCCUGUUAGCUCCUUGCUUGCACCUUCACACUCUGUCACCGAGCUGCGCUCCGAGAAGCUGCCACCAUGAGCGACCCCAGUGCCGUCCACCCGGCCCUGUUCUCCCGCAGUCUGUGCUGCAACGUCCGCACCGCCACCGUUGCCUUCACCGUCUACUACCUGGUUUCCUCUCUGCUGGUAUGUGUGGACAUGGCAGUGUGGGUCUUCAACGGGAAAGAUAUGUGUGGGUUCAUUCACAGCGAGCACCUCACCCAUGGCCAGCAGAUGUUCGACACCACCUCUAACUUCCUGUUGCUGGUGGUGAUGAUGAUUUCCUGCAUAUUUGUUCUAGUGGGAUUGCGUAAGGGAUGCUCCCAUCAGCUGGUCCCCUUCAUCGUCCAGCUGUAUCUUGAUGUGGCUCUCAGCGUGAUGUCCCUCUUCAGUGGUCCCUGGGGGCUCCCGGGAACCCCCACCUAUGAAGAGAGUGAAAAGCUUGUGCUGUAUUUCACAGGGGAGAAGGAGCUGGGCGAGAGGGACAUGGCUCGCUUCACACUGAUAUUUGGAGUUCUGUUUGUCCUCUACCUGCUGGUGAAGGUGUACAUGGCCCAUAUUGUGACUCAAUGCUACUAUGUGGUGAAGAUGGCAGCAGAGGCCAAGGAAAGCCAGGGGGUGGACAAGGGUGUGUUGGUGGAGCUGCCCUCCUAUGACGAGGCCCUGAAGCUGCCCUCCAAGGACGAGCCUCCGGCCUACCAGCUGCCCUGAGCGGCAGCCCACCCUGCGGUCACCCUGCCUGCUCUCUGCCACGGCAGCUGCUUUUCUUUAGAUCCACGUUUAGGCCAGUUUCCAUCACCAGCGGUUCGCGGGUCAGCCAUGAGUCGCGAGCAGUCUCAACAAACUAGAAGCUUGAACACGUCUUUCUAGCUCUGCAUCUACUGUCAAGUCUGCCUGAGUGAGUGUGCGGAAAGAGGAGAGAGAAUUGAGCAAGAGGAAGGAUGUCUGUGGGCGUUGCUGUGUCGCUGAGCUCAGCCGGACUGAAUUUCAUCCGCGUCUCGCGCUGAGAAACACGCUGAAUGGUUUAUUCAUCUGCAGUGUUUAGGUCAAAUUGCCAAAAUGGGCAGAAUCCAGAAAUCAUUUUUAAGAAAAUUUUUUUUAAGAAUCUACUUUUUACAAGCUUACUCAGUGCUCACCCUAAUCAUUAAAUCCAGUUGUUCAACAAUGCUAGCAAUUGUCUGUACAACUCGGGCUGAGGACAGGUGAUACACUCAGCGCUUUGCACAAUCCGAGCUCCAUAUAAUUUUCCAUCGCAUUAAAUUAAAUCGUGCUCAAUGCUCUUGUGAGCCGCUAACCCUGAGCUCUCAGUGACUUAAAGCGCACCAAUAUGUCUGUGUAGGAAUGGGAUCAUGUUAAAGUAGUAAUUAGAGGAUCUGUGUAAAUAGCUGGAGUCAGUUGUUGCAUUUUGUGCUCUUUGUUCAACUCUUUAACUUGUUGUGCAAUCCUGUUCAACAGCAAGGUUGUGUCAAAAAGUGCUUUGAUCAAACAGGGAAGAUGGUAUAAAUUUCACCGAAAGGGAGGAGAGUAGGAAAGGGGAGAGGAGAGGAGAGGAGAGGAGAGGAGGGAGGGAGAGAGAGGGAGGAGGUGGAAUGAAGCCUGGCUUGUAUUGCACUCGGAGGCUGGAAAUGUGAAAGCAACAAUAAAGCCUCAUUAAGACUCA